ACCACAAAAAAGCGAAUACAGAGAGACACUGAUUUACUGAAACUGCGGCUACCGAUUUGGGGUCGGGAAGGGAGAAAAAAGGGCCUCAAUACGAUGUCGUCUCGUCCUUUCGACGACGAUGGCUACCUAGGCUACGAUCCUCGCCUUGCUUCCCGGCGAUUCGAUUCUUACUCUAACUUCGACGCCGACUCAGUUCCCGAUUCCCCUCUUGUGUUCAACAAUCAGUCGUACGGUACCGGAGAUGACGUGCUCGGAUCACAACCGAUGCCGGAUACACAUCCUUCUGUACCGAUCUAUGGUAGCGAUGGAGGAUACUCUGCUCUUUUUCCGGAACAGAACGGGAAAGGAUUAGAUGGAGAGUUUGGAGGAUCGGAUCGGCCGAUCUUGCCUCCGCUGGAAGAGAUGGAGGCGGAGGAAGGGGCUGCGUUGAUAGAGUGGCGGAGGCAGAACGCGAUCCGGCUAGAGGAGAAGCAGAAGAAGGAGAAGGAGAUGUUGGAGCAAAUAAUAAAGGAGGCUGAGGAAUACAAAGUUGAAUUCUAUAAGAAGAGAGUUACAGCUGCUGAAAAGAACAAAGCCUGCAACAGGGAGGAGGAGAAGAAUCUUUUGGAAAACAUGGAGAAGUUCCAUGCCGAAGCUGCGAAAAACUACUGGAAGGCAAUUGCGGAACUCGUCCCCAAUGAGGUGCCAACCAUAGAGAAGAGGGGAAAGAAGGAUAAAGAAAAGAAACCAUCUAUUGUCGUGAUCCAGGGACCUAAACCCGGGAAGCCGACCGAUCUCUCUAGGAUGAGACAGAUACUUGUGAAGCUAAAGCACAAUCCCCCACCCCAUAUGAAGCCCAAACUGCCACCACCAGCAGAAGCCAAGGAAGAUGCUAAAAUCGCUUCUGCCUCUAGUACCUCAGGUGCCGCUGCCGGUCCAAGUGUUCCUCCCCCUAAGACGCGACCGUAACUACUCCAGAGGCUGUUGCUGCUGCUUAAGAACUGGUCCUGGAGGAUCCAUUUGAAAAGUAAGUUGUGUGAUUAUAAUAGGUUUAGUUUGUAUAACCCUUUGCUUUAUGUUUUAAGGUUCUUAUGGGCAUCUGAAAUCUAGCAGUCUUGCGUAGAAAUUUUAUGUGCACCUCACCAAUUUUGGUUGUG